GGAAGCCCGUUCCCCGUGACUGCGCCACGUCUGAGGCGGCUGUGGCCGCGUCGGUGUUGGCGUCGAGGAGCCGGGGCAGGGCACGAUGGCGGACUGGGCUCGGGCUCAGAGCCCGGGCGCUGUGGAAGAGAUUCUAGACCGGGAGAACAAGCGAAUGGCCGACAGCCUGGCCUCCAAAGUCACCAGGCUCAAAUCGCUCGCCCUGGACAUCGAUAGGGAUGCAGAGGAUCAGAACCGGUACCUGGAUGGCAUGGACUCGGAUUUCACAAGCAUGACCGGCCUGCUUACAGGGAGUGUGAAGCGCUUUUCCGCAAUGGCAAGGUCCGGACGAGACAACCGGAAGCUUCUAUGUGGCAUGGCUGUGGGUCUGAUUGUGGCCUUCUUCAUCCUCUCCUACUUCUUGUCGAGGGCAAGGACGUGAGACAGUGGGAGCUGGUGUCUGUGGGUGCCAAGGGCAGCCAUUGUCUUCCCUGCCUGGCAUCUUGGGCUCCAGAGGACUUACCUGCAAAGUACUCCUUUGAAAUUAUAAUCGUGGGCCAGGAAUCCUUUCUGUGUGGCAGGAGGCUGCGGCUGCCUGUGACCUGAUGAGCUCAUGUUGGCUGGUCCCAUGUGUGGAAGGGACUCUUUCGGGGAAACCAAGGCCCAGCCCCUCCCCCCUUCCCCAGAUGCUAGAGACACAAGCAGAGCUGGGGCCGCAGCGUGUCUGGAGGAGCCAGGUCUGAGCAGAGCAACUGUUGAAUCCCAGGCGUGGCCACCUGUGGCCUGCAGCCUUUCUCCCAGCUCUUGGGACGCUGACAUCUGAAGGCUCCACGGUCGUGUCCUUGUCUGGAUGAGGCCAUGUCUGUGAUCCAAGGUUCCUGGAACUGACACAGGAAGGGGCUGUGAACCCUAAGUGGGUGCUAUCUCCUCCAACUGAGGCUUCUCAGCCUGGAGAUGGCAGUUACUCCUGGCCAUGGUUGCUGAGCACAGGAGACCAGUGCGGGCCACCCUGCUGUGAGUUCUCUGUGCCUACUCUCCAGUCCUGCGGAUGAAGUGAGACCCCUGGG